AGCUGUGUCCCUAUCUAAUCCAUGUCAAUCGUGCAGGAGCGUAAGUCGUAGGCAUGCUAGUCUAUUGUACGCUUCAGUAGAACGCUCAAUGCGGCAAGGUUAAGAUCGCCCGUGAGGAUGUUUUUCCAAACAAUUUUAAGCAACAAAAAGCUGCUCACUGCAUGUGUGAUUGCGCUAGUGAUAACGAUCUGUGCCAUAGUGGUACCGAUCGCUGUCGUCAACUCGUAUGAUGACGCACCCACUCCGAAGAAGUUCUCCGGUCGAGAAGUACUCGAUGAAGUGCCACUCAUAGAUGGACAUAAUGAUCUUCCGUUCAGCAUAUAUCUUGUGGAGCGGAACUUAAUCAAUCACUUUAACCUUGACUCAAAUCUCAAGGAACAUCCCGCCUGGUCAGCGGAAAACAGAACUCAUACGGAUCUUCCCCGAUUGCGCCAGGGAAAGCUUGGCGCACAGUUUUGGGUAGCGUACAUCCGGUGCGCCGACACGCAAUACAAGGAUGCGGUCGCACGCACUUUGGAGCAGAUUGACGUUACUAAACGCCUCAUCAAGAAGUACCCGAACGAUUUCAAGUAUGCCGAUUCCGCGGACGGUAUUAUGGAAGCUUUCCGGGAGAAAAAGUUAGCCUCUUUGAUUGCCGUUGAAGGUGGCCAUUCGAUCGAUUCCCGGUUGGCAGUGUUGCGGUUGUUUUACGAGCUCGGUGUACGGUACAUGACACUGACGCACUCCUGUAACACUCCCUGGGCCGAUGCAUCGCCGGUAGAUGAUGUGACACCACCGCCAGCACCGUCCCAGCUUAACAACCUGUCCGCCUGGGGACGCCAUGUGAUAUGGGAAAUGAACCGUCUCGGUAUGAUGAUCGACAUAUCACACGUCAGCUAUGGUGUAAUGAGGGACGUACUACAACACAGUCGUGCGCCAGUUAUCUUCAGCCACUCGUCUGCCCAUGCCGUCUUCGAGCAUCAUCGUAACGUGCAGGAUGACAUUUUGUGGGAACUCGGCAGGAAGAAAGGAAUUGUCAUGGUCAACUUCUAUCCACUGUUUGUCGGGGGAAAUACCAUCGACGAUGUUAUCAAACACCUGAACCACAUUCGAACGAUUACCGGCGUCGAUCAUAUCGGGCUGGGAGGUGACUAUAACGGAGUGACUGUUACACCGGAAGGUCUGGAAGAUGUAUCCAAAUAUCCGGACCUGUUUGACAUGCUGGCAAAUGGUGUGCUGCGUACGGGAGAAAAGUUCGAACCAUGGACUAGGGAAGAUCUGCAGAAGCUUGCAGGGUUGAAUCUGUUGCGAGUUUUCAGGGAAGUAGAACGCAUUCGGGACGGUUUGGCCGACGAAGAACCGUUUGAAGAUUUGAUUCCCUUCGAAGAGUUUGAACGAGCCAAUGUAGCCGAUCAACCGUGUAUGACGGACAUGGAUAUGCACAAGAAGUACAAAAAAACCUUAACAAUGGGUGUUUUGAUACUGUUUGCUGUCCUAGCCGUGGCUAUAGCGGUUCCAAUCGCCACCAACAGUGACUCCGACAACAGUGUUGUGCCGCAAGUUAAUCAAUUUUUCGGAAGGACAGUACUGGACGAAGUUCCAUUGAUUGAUGGACACAACGAUUUGCCAUGGAAUUUGUACAACUACGAGCGGAAUCAGAUCAACAAAUUUGAGCUUAACACCGACCUGAAGCAGCAUCCCAUUUGGGGACCGGCAACAAACAGCCAUACGGACAUUCCGCGCCUGAAGGCAGGCAAGGUUGGUGCUCAGUUCUGGGUGGCCUACGUCAGUUGUGGCAACCAGUACAAAGAUGCGGUGGAACGCACAUUGGAGCAGAUUGAUGUGAUUAAGCGCAUGGUGCGCAAGUACUCUGACCACAUGAAGUACGUUACAUCGACGGAAGGAAUUAUGGCGGCCUUCCAGGAGCGUAAGAUUGGUUCACUGAUCGCGGUCGAGGGCGGUCAUUCGAUGGAUUCCCGGCUAGCGGUGUUGCGGAUGUACUACGAGCUGGGUGUGCGGUACAUGACGCUAACACACUCCUGCAAUACACCUUGGGCCGAUGCUUCACCGAUAGACGCUCAGCCGGAAGCGAACCUGCGUAACGUUACCGACUGGGGAAGGAACGUUCUGUGGGAGAUGAACCGACUCGGUAUGCUGAUCGACGUGUCGCACGUCAGCCACGGCGUUAUGGUGGAGGUGCUGGAGCACACGAAGUCACCGGUCAUCUUUAGCCACUCUUCGUCGUACUCCGUAUUCGGACACCACCGAAACGUGCAGGACGACGUUUUGAAGCAGCUCGUCCAAAACAACGGUAUCAUCAUGGUGAACUUUUACACAGGUUUCAUCGGUGGAAGUUCGAUCGAUAAUGUUAUCGAACAUCUUAACUACAUUAAAGGCAUCACCGGACCGGACCAUAUCGGACUCGGUGGAGACUUUGAUGGAGUUGAUAGUGUGCCCAUGUUUCUGGACGACGUGUCCAAGUAUCCCGAUCUGUUCGACAUGCUGGCCGAUGGGAUGUUCAAAAAUGGGACCACUUUUACACCCUGGACACGCGAAGAUUUACGCAAGCUAGCGGGUGAAAACUUGCUGCGAGUGUUCCGGGAGGUUGAGCAGGUUAGAGAUAGCAUGGCAGAUGUGGAACCGUACGAAGAUUUGAUACCUUAUCAGGAUUUCGUUGAUGCCGGUGUAGCCGAGCAGCCGUGCAUGAGCGACAUGGACAUUCAUAAGCAAUAAAGGGACACUCUUAUGUUAUCUAGUCCGUAAAUAAGUUUUUUUCUUCCACAACUUCCACCAAGCAGGGGACCAAAAACUGUUUCCAAAAUAACAAUUCCAAAGCAUUUCCGAAUAAGGCACAUGCAUCCAUUUUGUUAACAUAAAUCAUGGCCAAAAAAUUGAAAAGGGCUAUUUUUUGGGAACACAUUCAGCAAAGCAAACAAAUCCCUUCAAUCCGACCAGAAAAUGUGCAACUCUUGCGCAUUGUUGCUAACCUAAAAUUUGGACCAACCCAUUGUAGGAGCGUCCUUUUUAAUGGCUAUUCCAAUCCUUCGGACGUCCACAGUGGGGUGUCCGGAAUGGAAAAAUUCUGACCCUUACCGUUAAAAAAAAGGCUAAACACGGAUGAAACAGCAAACGGAAAGUGGUAGGCCGAGUACAUACUGACCAGUUGCACACGUACUGACCGAAC